AUGUUAUUUCGAAUAAGACUUACACUACAAAGAAGACAUUUCCAUUGCACAAGCUUACGAUUGAAUGAAGCUCUGGAUGUUCUGUUCUUUGGAACAGACGAGUUCAGCAGCCAAUCGCUGAUUUCAUUGAACAACUUAAAAAGACAGUGUCCUUCACUCAUAGACUCAAUAAGAGUGAUCACAAAACCACCAAAAUGGUGUGGGAGGAGAAGCUCAGUUCUGAAGACUCCUCCAAUAGUGAAUGUGUCAAAAACUUUAAAUCUUCCCAUUCCUAUUACUUGCAAUUCUAAACAAGAGAUCACUGAUAAAUUAUCUCCGCUGCUGAAUGAUAAAACCAUGAUAAUAACGUCGUCCUUUGGUGGGCUCAUACCGGAGUCCACAGUGAACAAUGUGCCCUAUACGCUCAAUGUGCACCCUUCGUUACUACCGAGGUACAAGGGAAGUUCACCCAUCCAGUAUACGCUACUCAACAAUGAUUUAGUCACCGGUGUCACAAUACAAACUUUACACCCAACUAUGUUUGAUGAUGGUGAAAUAAUUGCUCAAACGAAUGAGAUAAAUGUCAAAGAUCUACUCGAGCCUGAACCUGUACAAAAAAAUGGACCAUGGAAGACGUUGCUACUCAUGAAAAAGUUGGGUAUGAUUAGUGGCAAGUUGCUAAAUGAUGUUAUUACAAAUAAAACAUACGCCAAUAGGGGGAAAUUCCGUGACAAUGGAGGGGAAUAUGUAUUGAGUCUUGCACCAAAGAUAAAAGCCAGUGACAAACGUAUUGACUGGGGGAAACAUACUGCAAGAGAAAUAUGUAAUGCAAGAGACGUAUUUGGGUCACUGUAUACUUUCAAACUGGCACAGCCAAAGAGGCAAAAAGAUGCUGCCUUUAAAAGGGUUUUGCUCCAUGAGGUUGAAUUAACACCGAAUAUUCAAUGUAAUGAUGAACCAGGCACUUUUUAUUACGAUGAACCCAAUAACAGGAUAUUACUGAACUGUACUGGAAGCCCUUACAUGCUGGCAAUUGACAAGAUCCAAUUCGAGGGUUAUGCAAUAGAAACUUGCGAUCAGUUCAUGAAACGUCUGAGAAAACGGUGCGGGAACAUCUAUUCUCAGGAACAAAGGUUUAUUACAGGUUCAGACGAACUGUAA